GCAAUGGACAAGAAGUGUAAUGAAAUCCCCCCCUUCAUGAUGGGAGAGUCAACCGGAAGUAUACGCCAAAUUCUGGCUUGCGAUUCGUCCAAAGUUACCCGCGAAAACUACGUCACAGCCACUUUCGCGCCACCGCUGCAAGCCAUACCGAAGUCUUCGAGCAGAAAAAUCCACAAUGUCAUCGCCAUCAUCAACUCCUGGUGGCCGCAAAAGGGGGAGGAGCACCAACCCAUCCACACCCAGCAGUGAUGCGCCCACCUCCUCGCCGCUAUCCCAGCGUCGCAGGGCACUGGACUCGUCCGCAGGUGACCUGAUGCCCAUGCCUACUUCGCCCGCCGGCGAACUACUCAGUCCAGCAGCGCCUCAGGACUCUUCUCUCUUCUCCAGCCCCAGACCCUCAGUCCUCCCUAACGAUGUGGAUAUGAGCUCCCCUCUUAUGUACGGGACCCCCAGCUCCAGGGUGGAAGGCACCCCGCGUAGCAGCAUUCGGGGCACCCCCGCCCGCCAGCGUCCUGACCUGGGCUCAGUGAGAAAGGCCCCGCAAGUUGACCUCCAAUCUGAGCCGCCCAGCGGCGAGGGGGCGGUCACAAGUGAGCCCAACGCGGGCCAGAGGCUGGUCAUCUGGGGGACCGAUGUCAAUGUAGCCACCUGCAAGGAGAAGUUUCAGAGGUUUCUGCAGAGAUUCAUAGACCCGUCCUCCACAGAGGAUGAGAACGCCGGCCUGGACCUGAAUGAGCCUCUUUACAUGCAGAAGCUGGAGGAGAUCAGUGUGGUCGGCGACCCCGUGCUCAACGUCAAUUGUGGCAACGUGCAGUCCUUCGAUGCAGAGCUUUACAGGCAACUCAUCAGCUACCCACAGGAAGUCAUCCCGACCUUCGACAUGGCGGUCAAUGAGCUCUUCUUUGAGCGCUUCCCAGACUCCAUCUUGGAGUACCAGAUCCAAGUGCGCCCCUACAGCGCCGUCAAGACCAGAAACAUGCGCAGCCUCAACCCAGAAGACAUAGAUCAGCUGAUCACCAUCAGCGGCAUGGUGAUCCGCACCUCGCAGCUCAUCCCCGAGAUGCAGGAGGCCUUCUUCCAGUGCCAGGUGUGUGCCUUCAGCACCCGGGUGGAGGUGGACCGCGGGCGCAUCGCCGAGCCAGCCGUGUGUCGCCACUGUAACACCACCCACAGCAUGGCGCUCGUCCACAACCGCUCAGCCUUCUCCGACAAGCAGAUGAUCAAAAUCCAGGAGUCGCCUGAAGACAUGCCGGCAGGUCAGACACCACACACGACCAUCGUGUACGCCCACAACGACCUGGUGGACAAAGUGCAGCCUGGAGACAGAGUCAACAUCACCGGGAUCUACCGGGCUGUCCCUAUGCGCGUCAACCCGCGCCAGAGCAACGUGAAGUCUGUGUACAAGACCCACAUCGACGCCAUCCACUUCCGCAAGACCGACGAGAAGCGCCUGCACGGCUUGGACGAGGAGGCCGAGCAGAAGCUCUUCACCGAAGACCGCGUGCAAACCCUCAAGGAGCUGGCGGCCAAACCUGACGUGUACGAGCGUCUCUCCUCCGCCCUGGCGCCCAGCAUCUACGAACAUGAGGACAUCAAGAAGGGAAUUCUCCUGCAGCUGUUCGGAGGCGCUCGCAAGGACUUCAGCCAGACGGGCCGCGGCAACUUCCGCGCUGAGGUCAACAUCCUUCUGUGCGGCGACCCCGGCACUAGCAAGUCCCAGCUGCUGCAGUACGUGUACAACCUGGUGCCCCGUGGCCAGUACACGUCCGGGAAGGGCUCCAGCGCCGUGGGCCUCACCGCCUACGUGAUGAAGGACCCGGAGACGCGGCAGCUGGUCCUGCAGACCGGCGCGCUGGUGCUCAGCGACAACGGCAUCUGCUGCAUCGACGAGUUCGACAAGAUGAGCGAUAGCACACGCUCCGUGCUCCACGAGGUCAUGGAGCAGCAGACGCUCUCCAUCGCCAAGGCUGGAAUCAUUUGCCAGCUAAACGCCCGCACCGCCGUGUUGGCCGCCGCCAAUCCUGUGGAGUCCCAGUGGAACCCCAAGAAGACCACCAUUGAGAACAUCCAGCUGCCUCACACGCUGCUCUCCAGGUUCGACCUCAUUUUCCUGAUGCUGGACCCUCAAGACGAGGCGUACGACCGCAGGUUGGCCCACCACUUGGUGGCGCUGUACUAUCAGAGCGAGGAGCAGAUUGAGGAGGAGUUCCUGGACAUGGCCGUGCUCAAGGACUACAUCGCGUACGCACGCACUUACAUCAACCCGCGCCUGAGCGAGGAAGCCAGCCAAGCGCUGAUUGAGGCAUACGUGGACAUGAGGAAGAUAGGCAGCGGGCGUGGAAUGGUGUCCGCCUACCCCAGGCAGCUGGAGUCUUUGAUCCGCUUGUCAGAGGCUCACGCCAAAGUGCGCUUCUCCGAGAAGGUGGAGACAAUCGACGUGGAGGAGGCCAAGAGGCUGCACAGGGAGGCCCUCAAGCAGUCGGCCACAGACCCCAGGACAGGAUUUGUGGACAUCUCCAUUCUCACCACAGGUAUGAGCGCCACAGCCCGCAAGCGUAAGGAGGAGUUGGCACAGGCCUUGAAGAAGAUGAUUCAGACUAAAGGAAAGAUGCCCGCCAUGAAGUACCAGCAGCUGCUGGAUGAUCUCAGAGGACAGUCCGAAACGGCCAUCACCAAGGAGCUAUUUGACGAAGCGCUCCGAGCCCUAGCUGACGAAGACUAUUUGACGGUCACCGGGAAGACGGUCCGUCUCCUUGCUUGAGACACCCUAAGUUUUUGUACAGUUUAUUUUAAUGUCAUUCUUUGUAUUGUAAAAAAAAAAAAAAAAGUAUAAUGGAAGCACAAUGUCUGUUCAAAUGUGGAUUUUGUCACUUUGGUUGGGAGUUAAGCUCAUAUUUGGAAAUGUCACUCAUUCAACUUAUUUUUUUGUUAAAGCAAAAGACUCCUUAGAUAACCCAAAUGUACGCGUUCAAGUAAAAUAUUGGUCACAUCAUUUACGUAUUUUGUCUUUUGCUGCCGUGUUGAUGGAGAAGAAUAAAAAGCUGCUUGUGGA